GUGUUGGGAUGAGCGCAGAGUGGACGCGCUAACAUGAAACACGUACUCACAACACACACGGCCGGACUGUGACUCUAAGAUCUGCUUGAACACACCGCAAUGGACGGAACACUCAAACGUCAAACUUUAGGAAGGUAACCCGGAGUUAUGGAGCACAAGAGACCGGCUGUCAAAUAUCCUGCCGCCGCACACAUGGACUGAUCUACAGUCAGCUACUCUGAAUAUUCCUGAAUUCUGAAUUUUACUGUCAGUGAGUGAAUAUAUACUCAGAGAUGUCUGGCUCAAAUCUGAUUGGUCGUGUGAGGUCAGCGUUUCGCCGGCAGCCGGACAGCUGGCAUCUCAGUGACACGGCCGCAUUUGAUUUCUCUGAUGAACUGGACGACAAUGACAUGCCGAAGUUCAACCGUCUAAAGGUGGUUGUGUCCGGAGAGGGGGAUGAGCUCCCCGUGGGAGCUCUCAAUGGCUCGGCGGUCAACACGGUGGUGGUGGAUGAUGACGACUCCCUGCUGGGCUCAUCGUCGAGUCUAGGGAGCCCAGCCUUGACAACAGACCCCUGCGAGAGCUGCAGGACAACAAGAGAACACAACAAACGCAAGAGGGUCAUGAGGAAAUUGGGUUUUGCGGCGCUGUUGUACUUCUUGUUCAUGGUCGGUGAGCUGAUAGGUGGGUAUGUGGCAAACAGUCUGGCCAUCAUGACGGAUGCGCUGCACAUGUUGACAGAUCUCAUUGGGAUUAUAGUGUCACUGCUGGCACUCUGGCUGUCUGCAAAACCACCAACAUACAGAUUCACAUUCGGGCUCCAUCGGCUUGAGGUGUUGUCUGCAGGUAUCAGUGUGUUGCUGAUCUAUAUUUUGACGGGUGUGUUAGUGAAUGAAGCUGCACAGAGAACCAUUCAUCAGGAUUUUACAAUAGAUGGAGAUGUGAUGUUGAUCACUGCUGCGGUGGGCGUCGCUGUCAACCUGGUGAUGGGGCUUCUCCUCAACCAAACAGGACAUCUUCACUCUCACUCUCAUGGCCACACCCACUCACAUGGGUCACCAGGUCGAGGUCAGGAUCAAGGUCAGCGGGGUCAUGGGAGCCUGGCAGUGCGAGCGGCCUUCAUCCACGCUCUGGGUGAUCUCGUUCAGAGUGUGGGCGUUCUCAUCGCCGCGUACAUUGUCAGGUUUAAGCCUGAGUAUAAGCUGGCAGAUCCAGUGUGUACGUACCUGUUCUCUGUGCUGGUGCUGUUCAGCACGUUCCAGAUCAUCAGAGACACCGGAAUAAUUCUACUGGAGGGCGUGCCACGUCAUGUGGAUGUGUCAUGUAUCAGAGCUGACCUGCUGAAGCUGCAGCACGUGGAGCGUGUGGAGGAACUCAAGCUCUGGGCUCUGACAGCUGAUAAAACCGCAGCGAUUGUUCACUUGCAGCUCGCACCAGGGAUUGUGGGUAACUGGGAGGAAGUGCAGUCGAAUGCGAGGCGCCUGCUGAUGAAGUCACACGGGGUGACGCACUGCACGGUGCAGCUGCAGAUGCAGACACAGGGGGCGCCACAGUCCUGCACACACUGUCUCGCACAGAGUGCCUGAAAACAGUAAAGUUGUGUGUCUCUCUCUCUCUCUCGCACACAGACACAUCCAUACAGGAUGAAAGAGAGAGAGAGUGUGUAAACUGACAUGUCAACCCGGCAGGGUUUUAAAUGAUUGUCUAGCAGCUUUUUCUAUAAUGAAUAUUGACCUCAUUUUUGAUACGCCUUUAAUACAAGCCUCCAAACACGAGAAACAGACCCAGUUUGUUUUUGUUUAGUUUUAUGAUUCUGUCUGUCACUGAGGAACACUAACAGCUGGAGCGUGUGUUCUGAUGUCUCAUGUGUGGGGGGUUCUGGGUGAAUCUAAUGAAGAACAUGUCCAGGUCAUAUUCAACCUUAAAAUGAAAAGGACAAAAUGAGAAAUUAUAUUUGGCACAAACAAAAUGAAGCCUAUUUUUAGGACCAUUGUUUUCAUGGCAAUUUAAUUAAGCAAAUUCCCAUUACACUAAUUAAAUUAAAUAUUUGUCAUUACAGGAAUGAAUCCGGAUGUUUUGCGUAUUUUAAUUUUUUUUUUUUAAUUUUCAUUAUUGUCAGCGGUGAAUCAAAUUUUUAUUAAAAUCGUCAUAAAUUAAAGGCAGUACAGCAAAUGCAACCGUGAUGCACCAAUAUUUUAUUGACAAAAAAUACAACAAUUUAAAUAAUAAUGAGAAUUUUGGGGGAGAUUUCUUAUCUCUUUCUUUUGAUUUUAAGGGUGAAAUAUGAUCUGCAUAUGUUUUUUUACAGGUAAAAUAAUCCAAACCCUCCAUGUGCAUGUGUUUUCCCUGUGAGUGUGCGCGUUCUCUUAUUUCUGGACUGACAUGGCCUGCAGUUGAGUUACUUUUCAUGACUAGACAAUAAAUAUUAAGUAUGUUUGCAAAUAAUCAACAAGUGACAAAAAUAGUUUGACCAAACUGACUGUAGUUUUCACACAGCAUUCACGGGAAAUUUUUAUUUUUUAUUUUUUUGUAUUUCAUGCAUUUAGAAUAAUUUUCUUCAGAUAUUUGAGUGCCAACAACAAAAGCUACAGAUUGAAUAUAAAAUUAUUUAAAUAUCAAUAAUGAGUUUCAUCAGUGUUAAGCCUAUUUGUUAUUUUAUAGCCUUUUUGUUUGUUUGGUUUUUUUUUCUUUUUGAUUAUUGGAACUAAAUCUCACAGUAACGUGAAAGCUAAUGAUCACAUUUCUUUAUGUUUGCAGUAUUUGUUUUGUUUUAUGUGGGUCUGUGUGCCUGAGGGCAUGUGAAUGCUUUAUUUGAUUUAUUUACACUGAAGCGCUUGAUAACUUAUAAUAAAUAGAUUUUAAACAUCUGCAUUCUGUAUUCAUGUUGGUGCAGAUUUCAUUACACACCCGCACCACAAGGUGGCGCAUUUGUUCGUUGUAGGUAGCUUCUGGUGGAGAUCUCCAAAUGGGGGUGGAAUCUCCAAAAGAGGGCGGGAUUAUUCAAGAAGGGACCAGAGUUACUCUAAAAAGGGGUUGGGCCGGGUCCAAAAGGGGGUGACACUUCCACACAUGGUUAGGUUAGGUAUGGGGCUCUCUGUAUCUUUGCUGGUGGUUUGGAGCUCCCGCCCCUUUUUGGAGCUCUGCCUGCAGCUGUACCCUUCUCGAACAAUGCAGGACUUUGGGAGAUAGGGAAGUAGGACAGCAAUCAUUAGUGGUGUUUAAGUCAAGCCUCACUGUAUAACUGUUUUUCAUACUUAGUGAUUAUAUAUUUUGUAAUCUGGAUUAUGGUCUGUUUAAUGACUGUAAAUGGAUUAUAUCACAGUAAGAUGUGCUGCAGUCAAAGUGACAAAUGUGUGAAUUCAGCAGAGCUGCAGUUGCUUGGCAAUCAUCUUUUAUAGAAGGUGGCUUACAUGCAGUUGAAAGUUCAGUCCUGUUUCAAGGACAGCAAUGACACUGGAGGGGGAUUUUAGUCACUUACUAACACUGUCAGCGGAAAGUGAUGUCACACAAGAACUGACACCGAAAUCGAGCAGGCUGAUGAUUUAAGUUUCAAUUCACUGUGAACUUUAACAAAAAUGUUUGUUGCAUGAUUGCACUGUCUAAAACUAGUUUAUAAAUGCAGGUUUCUUAAAAGUGCUCGUGGUCUGUCAUUUUUCAAGUGUUCAUUUGUUCUUGUCAUCUCAUAAGGAACUGUGAUUAUGAACUGCACAUUCAGUCACAUGACUGGCGGCAUCACCAUGUAAUACUUUGUCACGUACACACACAUGAACAGAGACACACCCACAGCAGACGACUGAGAAGUCCAAAGUUUUAUUCACCUCAUUCUUGUUACAUAAUUAACAGUCGUGUGGUUGUAGAAUGUGAUCUGAUGGGAAAGUACAUAAAAAUGAUAAAGGGGGUUUCUUGUGGAGGGUGUGUGUUUAUGUGAAGGAGGAAGUUUCAGAUGAUGUUGAAUGUGUGAAUGUAUCUACAGCAACAGUCAUAGAAAGUUGUUGGAUGCAUAAUGAUUGUAGAUGAAAGUGCUGAGCUGCAGUAAUCACAUAUACAGACAAUCACAUGAAACCAUCAGCUUCUUUGUGAUUGUUCUGAAUUAAACUGAUGUGAUUAAGUGAAUUAAACUGGGUUCUUCUGGAGGUGAACAUUUAAACUCCAGCACAGUGAAAAGAGACUGUAUUAAUAUUAAUUAAACUGCUUUAUUUGUGUUUAAUGAGAGAUUCAAACAUCUGUGUUUGUGCUUAAACUGAAAAAACAUUAACGGGACAAAUCUGAGCAUCAUCAUAACGAGGAGGAGCAGAAACAUUCAGAGACAAUGACCUCAGCAGACAUGCACUGCUCGAUUUCCUCUGUAAUCACAUCAGUGAUGAUGACUCAUACUGUUGACAGGUUUGAUUUAUUCUGUUAUUGUUCUUCUAACUAAAGGAAACAGCUCAGAGAAAAACAGCGAGUGUAUGAGCGUGUUAGCGAGUGUGUGUGUUUGUGAGGAAUGAGGAAAAGUGUUUGUUGACAAGAAGAGAAAAGACGUAUGUACAAAAAAAUCAACACAAUUUAAUUUUUAUUAAACACCUUUUGUUUUAUGAAUUUGCAGGUCUUAGUCCAGUGAACAGGUGAUUUCAGUAACAACAGGACAGUUGAUUUUGACAGUAACAGCAACAAUACAGGUUAUCAGUGCGACACUCAUUAGCUGUUCUUUAACAGUGUAGAAACUAUAUGCAAAAAUACA